AUGCGCCUCUUUGAGGUCUCACUGAGGGCUGCUCUCUCUCAAUCAUGUGACUACAUUGUCAUUCUCAACCCGCGCGCUAUUGGCAUCCAAGCACGUCACAUUGAAGUGGCGCUGACACUGCUGCGAUCUCAAAAGGUGAGCUGUAGUCAUCACGCAUUUGUCGUCUUCGUUUUCAUCGUCAUCAUCAUUCCAUCGAUUCCGUAG